AUGGCUCAUUUACCUCUAGAUUGUACAAGGGUUAGUGAAGGGGUAUCCUAUCACUCUCCAUCAGUAACGGAUCCCACUCUUACUGCGGAUGCUCUGGACAAAACAAUUGCAGAAUUUGAUACCGUGGAAGAUCUGCUCAAGCACUUCAACCCAGAGUCAUGGCAAGAAGAUCUUGAGAAUUUGUAUUUGGAUACCCCUCAUUAUCGAGGCAGGUCGUACCAUGACCGGAAAUCAAAAGUUGACCUGGACAGGCUCAAUGAUGAUGUCAAGCGUUACAGUUGCACUCCCAGGAAUUACUCGGUCAAUUUAAGAGAAGAGCUGAAGCUGACCAGUGUGGUCUUCUUUCCACGUUGCCUCCUUGUGCAGCGCUGUGGAGGAAACUGUGGCUGUGGAACUGCCAACUGGAAGUCCUGCACAUGCAAUUCUGGGAAAACUGUGAAAAAGUAUCAUGAGGUGUUAAAGUUUGAGCCUGGCCACUUCAGGAGGAGGGGCAGAGCAAAGACCAUGGCUCUCGUUGACAUUCAGUUGGAUCACCACGAGCGGUGCGAUUGUAUCUGCAGCUCAAGACCACCUCGAUAAAAGAAUGUGCACAUACUUAUAUUAAGCUUGAAGAAACCUUUAGUUUAAGGGGGGUGUGGUAAGAGACCCAUUUUCCACCAGCAGCCGAACUUACUACUAGCCUGCAAUGCAGUGAACACAAGUGGUUGCUGAGUUUCAACCUAGCUUUGUUAGUGCCAUGGCAAGUAGAAAGGCAUAUCAUCAACUUCUAUAUCCAAGAAUAUAGGA